AAAAAAGUAUUGACACAAAAUGAAACGCAAACAUGUCUUGAAAGAAGAGAAACUUACUUUAAAUUUCUUUCAUAUAAACUUAUAUUCCAAUUAUUGAGUGUAAGGGUAAACAUAAUAUAUGCAUGGGUUUGACGAAGUCGAAAAACCGAGAUGAAUCCUAUAUAAUAUAAUUCUCAAUUAUAUAUAAAUAUAUAUAUUAAACAUAUAUAUAUAUUUAUAUAAAUAUAAAUAUAAAUAUUAUAUACAUAAAAAUAAAUAAGAAUUAUGAGACAAGAAUGAGAUGAUGUGAAUCUUACGUUUUACUUAAAAAAAUAAAAAAAAACAAUGUAAUUAAAAAAAAUCUCUGUAAUGGAAUUUCGACCGGGUUGUCAUUAAUAAGAUUUAUUACUAUUUAAUUAUUAUUACAAUGAAUAUUAUUGGAAAGAAUUAUUAUAUCAUAUUUAUUGUUAUUGCGCCUCAGUUAGGUGAAAAGGUCUGAAUGAAAGAUCCAUUUGUACAAUCAUUGCAUCAUUAAAAUAUGAUUAAUUAAUGCAAAAAAUCAUUUGUUUUCAUUUCAAAUUCUCUUUUGGAUCAAAAUCAAAUUAUAUCACCAGCGUAUCAUGCGUAAUGCAUAAUUCAUUAUAUGUAGAAUGACAAAUGAACCUCCAUCUUCCGGAAAUCCCACACUUGCAGAGAACCUCAGUUUACUCAUUCACUCAUGAUCAUAAUAUGUCAAGCAAACUACACGUACAUUUUUUCGAUUAAUAUAGAAUCGAAAAUGAAUUACAUAGCACAGCUUUAAUAUUUAUCUAUAUUCCACAGGUGAGAUUUUUAUUUUUGAUAAUACAAAAAAGUAUUUUCUUUAAAACUAUCUUAUUACCAAUUCCUUUGGCCAAGUCAUUAUCUUAUCAAAACCGAUUCUGAUUUCUUAUUGUGUUGAUAAUACAAUGUUGGCAGAUUAUACCUAUUAUCUAUGAACGUUCAAUUAAAGAAAUUAUUACACCCAAAUUGUACACUUUGCUCAAUUUAUCUAGCUCGUGAAUAUAAAUAAAAAGUAAAGAGCGUCUUUAUCGCUAACGAAAUUGUUGUUCGCGCACUGUGUAAAACCUCCUUCAGAUAAUCCCAAAAAUACAAUCCAUCAAAAAAACUCGACUGUAGCAAAAAAUUGUCUCAUUUUUUCUAUGCAUAACUGCUGUCGAUGUUUAUCAAGAAUCGAGAUGAGAGAUAAAUUUUUACUCUCGUCAAUUUACGAUAAUCGGAAUUGGUCACAUAUUCGCUCAUUCACCCAUGCCUGACUUGUACAAUUGAUAAGGAUUAUAAUCCGGCCGUCCAGUUGAUAAAGAAUUUCUCAAGAUUUGCUGCUGAAUUUGACUGCGCGGUUGACGACGCUCAGUAUAUCGUCAGACGCCUGGCCGCAUUAAUCGCGGCUGGAGUGGAUUCAACAAUGCUUCCAUAACGUAAAGUCGAGUGAGGUGUAUCGGAGUGUGUAAAAGAAUUAGAAUUAUCAUUGUGACUCGUUCCAAGUGUGCAGUUUUUUUCUUGCAGCGAAUGUGUUACAAAAGAAAAGUUCAUUGAAUCGAGUUCUCGCAGAUAUACUCUAAAUUAAAAUAAAAAAAAAAGUAAACAUGCUCGUAAGCUACUUCUUCGCGUGCAUAGUCGCGCUCGGCUUGUACACCGGCCAAGCGGCGGAUAAUCCUGCCGCUGCCGCGGCUGCUCCUCCUACUUGCGUGUGGUACGGCCAAUGCGAGCCCACUAGCACAGGUCAAGUACGCAAUGUCGCCUCGAACGAGCCGGCACGACCAUUGACGAAACAGACCAGCAUCGAGAUUUUGAAAAACAGGUGUCCGCACCUUUUCGACGGCCAGUCGGCAGAUGCACCAUUAUUGACUUGCUGCAGCGAUGACCAAAUCGAAGACAUGACCGAAAAGAUGAAACAGGCUGAGGGAAUCUUUGGCAGAUGCCAGUCGUGCACGAGAAAUCUGUUACGUUCGAUUUGCGACUUCACCUGCGGUCCCAAUCAGAGCCAAUUUAUGGCCGCUACCGCGGUCGACGGCCAAUGCAUCGAUUCCAUCGAGCUUUUAAUUUCCGAGGACUACACAAACGCGACGUACGAAUCUUGCAAGAAUGUGCUGGUCCCGUCCACCUCGCAGAAGAGCAUCGAACUCGCGUGUGGAGAAUACGCAAGUAAUUGCAACGCUAAAAAUUGGUUCAAAUUCAUGGGUACCGCCGUUCCAAAGGGCUACGCACCUUUCGAAAUCAACUACGUAUAUGAUUUUGAUCAGCUACAAGAAAAAACGAUAAGACAGUUUUUAAAUCCACCUACAAUAGGAUGUCACGAGGCUUACGAUAACGCGACGGAGGCUUGCAGCUGCGUCGAUUGUCCCCAGGCCUGCAAAGCGAACAACAUUUUUUACGACCAGACUAAAUUUGAAAUUUUUCAUUGGAACGGUUACGGGGUCGUCGCAGCUUUGAUAAUUCUGGGAACGAGUUCCUUGACCGUCAUUCUGGUGUACAUCGUCAGGUUCAGAAACCACACGGAUGAUAACGAGUCGUCGAAUUUAUCGAGCUCGGACGAUCUGUCGCUCGAUAAACCGCGGGCCGACGGGCGAAAAUCGUCGCCGUCAUCGUCGUCGUCCGCGGCGCAGAUCUCGCGGGGCGCGACAUUCCGCCAGUUCCUCGAGUUCCUGUUCCAGCGCCUGGGCACCUUCUUCGCCCAGCACCCGGUGAGCUCGCUGGCCAUCAUGAUGAACUUCGUGAUCGUGCUGAGCUACGGCACGACCAAGCUCGACAUCACCUCGAACCCCAUCGAGAUCUGGGCGGCACCGAGCUCUCGAGCCCGCCUCGAGAAGGACUACUUCGACGAGCACUUCCAGCCUUUCUUCCGCACCGAGCAGAUCUUCAUCAAGUCGACGAAUCUCGCAACGGUCAAUUAUACGGUAUACGGAGAAAACGUCACGUUUUCGAACGUAUUCGAGGAGACAUUUUUGAGAAAAGUACUAAGUCUGCAAUCAGAAAUCAAAAAGCUCGGUCAAGCCGAAGGCGAGGGUCUAGACAAAAUCUGCUACGCCCCGGUGAAGAGCGACUUUACCGGACCGAUGACGCUCGAUUACUGCACGGUGCAGAGCAUCUGGGGCUACUUCGGUGAGGACAAGGAUCAAUUCGACGCGGAGAAAUUAUACGAUUGCCUGAGCAAUCCUUUCAACCCCGACUGCCUGGCGCCCUACAAGGGACCCAUCAUACCGGACAUUGCGCUCGGUGGCUUUCUGCGGGAGGACGACAAGGGCCGCAAGUACGACCUGAAGGACUACAUCAAUUCCACCGGUCUGGUCGUGACGUUUUUGGUGAGAAAUUCCAAGGACGAGCAACACGUGGAGAUGGCCAAAAGAUGGGAGAGCAGAUUCUUGGCUUUCAUGAAGCACUGGGACGAGCACGAGCGGCCGGCCACGAUGGAGAUCGCCUACACGAGCGAGCGCUCGCUCGAGGACGAGCUCGAGCGCACGUCCAGGGCCGAGACGCUGACGAUGAUGGCCAGCUACGCCCUCAUGUUCGUCUACAUCGCCCUCGCGCUCGGUGACUUUAAGUUCUCCUGGCAUUGCUUCGUGUCCUGCAAGAUAUUCUUGAGCAUCGGCGGAAUACUCAUCGUUCUCUUUUCCGUGCUGUGCUCGAUCGGAAUAUUCGGCUACAUCGGCGUGCCGACCUCGUUGCUGACCAUCGAGGUCAUUCCGUUCUUGGUACUCGCGGUGGGCGUCGACAACAUCUUCAUCCUCGUCCGAGCCCACAAGCACCACAAACGACGAUCCCUGGAGAGCGUGGCCGAGCACGUGGGUCGUGUGGCGGGCCUCGUCGGGCCGUCCAUGCUUCUGACCAGUGUCUCGGAGAUAUGCUGCUUCCUCAUCGGUACUCUGUCGGAGAUGCCGGCGGUCAACACGUUCGCCCGUUUCGCCGCCGUCUCGAUAUUCAUCAAUUUUCUCCUGCAGAUCACGGCCUUCGUCAGUCUGCUGUCUCUGGACGCUCAGCGCGAGGAGCAAAACAUCCUCGACUGCCUGUGCUGCUUCAGCCUGGAUAAAUCCAGAAUAACCCCGGCCAGCCCCGGCAUGGUCAGCAUGUUCUUCGAGAAGCUGUACACGCCGAUGAUCCUGUCGAAGCCGGCCCGGCUCGUGGUGCCGCUCGUCUUCAUCGCCACGCUGACCGCCAGCGCCUUUUACGCGCCCACCGUCGAGAUCGGCCUCGACCAGCGUCUCUCCAUGCCCGACGAUUCCUACGUCUACAAGUACUUCGAGUACAUGCAAGACUUGCUGUCGAUGGGACCGCCCACGUACUUCGUCGUGAGCAAGGGUCUGAACUACAGCUUGCCCGAGGUGCAGAACGCCAUCAUGGGCUCGGCCGGCUGCAACGACGACUCGCUCUACAUGCAGAUCUUUUCCGCGGCCAACCAGUCCAGCAAGUCUUACAUAGCCAAGCCCGCCUCGUCCUGGAUCGACGAUUACGCGGACUGGUCGCUGAUCAACGGCUGCUGCAAGUACUUCCCGAAGAACGGCACCUUCUGCCCGCGCGAAAUUGGCGAGUGCGACCAAUGCGACAUUUCCAGGGACAAGAGACACAAGCUGCGGCCGAAUCAGACGAGCUUCAGGCACUACCUGGACUUCUUCUUGCAGGAUGUUCCCGACUCCUCCUGCGCCAAGGCAGGUCGCGCCGCUUACAACGACGCCGUCAAGUAUUACACCGACGACGAGGGCCAAGCCGACGUCGGCGACUCGUACUUCAUGACCUAUCACACGCCCCUGAAGAAGUCCUCGGAUUGGUACGAGGCCCUGAAGAGCGCCCGACUCAUCGCCGAGCAGAUCGAGGGCAUGAUCAAUGCCAAGAACAUCAGCCAGGGCCGAGAGAUCAAGGUCUUCCCCUACAGCGUGUUCUACGUGUUUUACGAGCAGUACCUGGAGAUCGAGCACAUGACGGUGGUGUCGCUGGCUCUGUCGCUGCUGGCGAUCUUCGUGGUGACGCUGCUACUGACCGGCUUCUCGCUUUUCUCCGCCAUCACGGUGGUGAUAACCGUGGCCAUGAUCAUCGUCCAUCUGGCCGGCUUCAUGGUCAUGUGCGAUGUGUCCCUCAACGGAGUUUCACUCGUCAAUCUCGUCAUGGCUGUGGGAAUUUCUGUAGAAUUUUGCAGUCACAUGGUUCACGCGUACUUGAUGUCGAACGAAAAGACGAGAUGUACAAAGUCCGCCGACGCUCUGUCGCGCGUAGGAAGUUCUGUGUUUUCUGGGAUUACAUUGACCAAGAUCGUUGGCAUCGCCGUGCUUGGCUUUGCAAAAACUCAAAUAUUCAGGGUAUUUUACUUUAGAAUGUACUUGGGAAUCGUCCUGGUCGGAGUUACCCACGGUCUCGUGUUUCUGCCAGUUUUGUUAAGUUACAUAGGUCCCCUGCACAGAGUCUAAAAUUUAUACUCGUGCUGAAUUUUAAAUUCUAAAAUCUAAAUGAAAUGAGCAAUGUACAACAAUCAACAUUUUAUGGCAAAACAAUGUGCAAAUGUGAAGCGUUUAAAAGGUCAAUGCAGUGAAUAAAAAAACUUACAUGGAUAAAAUGUGAACAAGUACU